AUGUCAGGUAUCGAAGUGGCUGGGCUUGUCCUCGGUGCGCUUCCGCUGAUCAUCCAUGCAAUCACAGUGUAUGCAGAUGGUGUCUCCACGGUAGAACGCUAUUUCAAAUAUGAGAUACCGUUGCGCAGCCUCCAUCGGUCCCUCGAAGCGGAGUUCGUGAUAUAUCAGAACACUUGCGAGGAAUUGCUCAACGGUAUCGUCAAGGAUAAUGAGGAACGUGCAGCUCUUCUCAACAACCCUGGUGGACCGGAUUGGAAGAAAGCGGUAUUGGAAGAGAAGCUGAAAGAUCGCCUAUCGAGGUCCUACAUGGCUUACGUCGGGGCCAUGGAGGAUAUGAAAGAUGCAAUGUUAGAUAUGAAGAAGCUCCUGAAGCUGGAUAAGAGCGGAAAGGUCCAGCUUCACCCCUCCAGCAAGUUCAGAAAGGAAUACCACCGGUUGCGCUUCAGCUUGAAGAAGUCGGAGUACGACGGUCUUGUGGCUAAGGUGCAGCAACUGAACGCGACACUUCGUACAUUGACCCAGCAGACACUGGCAUUGGAACCAACCCGCUCAAAACGCCAGAUACCCGAGUUCGAUACCAUCCGCAACUAUGCUGCCGCAGUCUACAACCUCAUUUGCGCUGGUCUCAAGUGUGGUUGCCCAUCGACUCAUGGCAUCAACUUACGACUUGAAGGCAUGAUGAAAUGCAGUUCCUCUGCAGGCCUGCCUCCGUUUCGCGUAGUGCUCUCGUACAGCUCACAGGUGGCUGCACAACCAGGCACACCAUGGACUGUAGAGGCAGUAGACAUCCACCCUUUUCAAGUUCAAACUUGCGCACCACCCACAAAACAACAUCAGAGUCUUGGUAAAAAAGCUGCAAAGAAAGUCACAUUCCAGCCUGUGGCAGGACAAGCAUCUGCCCCAGCCACCAACACGGCCGAGCCCGGACCAGCACAGACACAAAACCUGCUGCAGAUCAAGAACUUAUGCCAAACCAUCUGCUCCAUCAAGGGCUCCUGCAUAGACACCUGCCUGGGCUACCUGGAAGACGACAUCACAAAACAAAGACUCAGCCUACACCAGCCGCGGGAAUCCUUCACCGCACAAACCGUGCCCUCAUUCCUCUCCCUCCACAGCGUCCUCGCAUCGAACGCCACGGGACGCCGCCGCCUCUCCACCGGCCACCGCCUACGCCUCGCCGUCCUACUCUCCACCAACCUCCUCCAACUCCACCGCACGCCCUGGCUGACCGAAACCUGGGACCACAACGACAUCACCUUCCUCGCCAGCACAGGCAGCGCCGACGACUUCAGAGACCCUUUCAUCUCCCGCACACCACCAACACCUCGCGAUCACAUCACUGACAACGGCCGCGUCCCCACCGCACGCCCACCACCCCUCAACCCCGGCACCGUCCUCAACCGCCCCCUCUUCGCCCUCGGCAUCCUCCUCAUCGAGCUGUGUCUCGGCCAGCCGUUCGACGAGCUGCGCACGCGGGCCGGACACGCGUUGAUGCCCGUGGCGAGCGCCGCGCCGUCCGACUUCGUCGUCGCAGACCGGCUGCUGGACGACGUGACGGCCGAGUCGGGCGACCGCUACGCGGACGCCGUGAGGCGGUGCGUGCGGUGUACGUUUGAUACGCGGAAGUUCGAUUUGGAGGACGAGGGGUUCCGGCGGGCGGUGUAUGAGGGGGUGGUGGCGCCGUUGGAGGAGAAUUUGUUGGACUUUAAUGGGCUGGUGGUGUGA